UUUCUUCAGUUCAGGUGUACUGGUGUCUUUAAGCCUCUCUGGGCCACAUCUGGAGAAAGCCAUGAUCGACAGGACCUUAGUGGGGAGGUUCAUCUCUGACACCAUCUAUGAUGCUGUACUUGCAGACAAUUUUAUGAUCGUAACUUUUCUGGAGUCCAGCAAACUUUGCUUUGUUCAAUUAACAAAGAAACAGAAUUCUCCAGAUGUUGAGAGAAGAAUUGAAAAGCUAUCCUCUUCUGAUCUUAAGAUUUCUUACAUCAGUUUACCAGGCCCUACAGGACGGAGAGUAGAACGCUGCUUAGCCAUUAAUUAUAUACAGGAUAUGGUGAUCUGCUGGUGGAAAACGGUUCAUGGAGAUGCCUGGCCUUGGUCUCCAAUAUCUAGUGAAUGUGACAGAGCUAAUGUGGUGUUGUUGAGCUGCACAAAUGGCCGACUUGAGAUUUUAAGCUUCAUCCGCACAGAAGGUGAUCCACUUGAUGCUGGUUUCAGUAUUAAUCAGCCCUAUCAGGUCCAUACAGUAGAAUGCUUUGUCGGCCAAGACAAAGAGCCAAUGGCAGACAGCUGCAUCUAUGAGUGUGCUCGGAAUAAAUUACAGCGCAUGGCAGUCAUUAGCAUCCCAUUGAGAUCCAAAGCCAUUUGCUGCAGCAGAAAUAUUAUAGAAGACAAGCUUGUUUUAGGUUGUGAGGAUUCUUCACUAAUUUUAUAUGAUGCUCAUCGCAGGGUAACUUUACUAGCUCAAGCUGAUCUGAUGCCUUCUUUGAUAGCUUGGCAUCCUGAUGGUGCAUUAAUUAUGGUGAGCAGCUAUCAAGGUGAAGUUCAGUGUUAUGACAUGGCACUGUCACCAGUUAAGAUGCAGUUGUUAGCAGAGGACGUAAAACCUGUGACCAAACUUCAACUCAGCCAACACUUUGCUAUAACAAGUAGAUUGGCACAGAUUCAAUGGACAGUUUCCCAGGUCAUUCCUUCAAGUAGCGACAGCCUCGAUUUACAUGAUCGCAUGUUUCUGAGAUUUGAUAAAGGGCCUGUUGGAGUACUUUGUUUGAAACUAGGCGCCGUAUUGAGAGGAAAGCUGAGACCGACUGAACUCAUCUAUCAGUAUAUUCGUUAUGAGCAAAUCGAUGAGGCUAUUAAUAUCUUGUGUGGCAUGAAUUGGAACACUGUGGGCUCACAGUGCUACACUUCCCUCAUUGCCCUUGUAGAUCACCUCCUUAAACAGAAGCUUUCACCAGAAAGAGAAGGUAAGAUAU